AUCCACAUUGAGAGCCUAAAAAAACUGGGCGAGGUUUUCAUGACAGACAUCUUCUCAGAGGAGACCAUCGCCAAACAAGCGCUUCUUAUCUCACCCACCACCUGUCUGAGUGCGCACGUGGGCGGCUACCUACCGGUGCACUGUGUGUACAGUCUGAUGAAUAGCGGGAUAAUACCGAUAUCAAAUGCCAGUAAGGGCAAGACCCAGCCAUACACGUGGUACACUCCCGCCAAAAAUGUGUUUCUGCGGACGAACCCCACAUCUACACAGAAGAGCAGUCGGCCUCAGGUGUGA